AUGGGUGAAGAUGAGCACAACAAAGAUGAUGAUGAUGCGCCGGAACUCGAGUUUGAUAGUGGGCGAGGAUUUCCGGCAAAGCAGCUCUUUUACCUAGCACUAUGUCGGAUCGCGGAACCCGUUGCGCUCACCCUCGUCUACCCAUUCUCAUACGAUAUGAUGAAGUUUUUCGGCGGAACAGUGGCUCAAAGCGCAGCCUUAUACGCCGGAAUAUUCCUCGGAUCGUUUUCUCUGGCAGAAGCUCUGACUGCCUUCCUCUGGGGCGCAUUGAGCGACAAGAUUGGAAGAAAACCAGUAUUGCUUCUCGGAUGCGCUGGAACUGCUCUUUCCAUGCUGGUGAUUGGAUUCUCGACGAACAUCUAUGUGGCGAUAAUCGGGAGAGCUUUUGGUGGUGGACUCAAUGGGAACAUAGGGAUUGUGCAGACAAUGGUUGGCGAGCUUGUGACAAAUCCAAAACAUGAACCUCGAGCGUAUACCAUCAUGCCGAUAUUCUACACAAUCGGCUGCACGAUAGGGCCAGCAAUCGGAGGAUAUCUCGGGAAGCCCGAAGAAUCAUUUCCAAACUCCUUAGGCAAAAUCCAGCUGUUCAAGACAUACCCAUAUCUACUUCCAAAUCUUGCUUGCGUCGUCAUGCUACUUUUGACAUUCACAAUAGCAGCCACACUUCUUGAAGAAACUCAUCCUGAGAUACUCGCGCACCGAAAGCGACGUACUUUGAUGGAAAUCGACGUUCCACAAACUACCGCCGAGACACCUCUUCUCGCAGUGGCCAUCAUGGACGGCACAGCGGAGCAACCGGGAUAUGGCACGGAUAGCAGUUCCUCCAGUACCUUCGAAGACACAAGAUUCUCGCCGAAACUCAGUGCAAGAAUUUGGAAUCCUAUAAUUGCACUGUGCAUACUUACUAGUCACACUCUCAACUACAUCCAGCUGAUCCCAAUCUUUCUCCAGCGACCAGCAGAUACCGAGGUACCUACUAAACACUAUUGGGGCGGCGUUGGUGGGCUAGGUCUUCCGCUAUACAAGUCCGGCGAGAUCAUGGCUAUUGGAGGACUCAUCAGCAUGGCGGUUCAACUCCUGCUGUUCCCAGAGUGUACGAAGGUUUUUGGUUUGAUAAAACCAUUUGCAUUCAUCACCUUCCUUCACCCAUUCGUAUACUUCGUGGCUCCAUACAUUGCAUUUAUCCCCGAAGGAACAUGGCGAGAAGUCGGACUAUUCUCCUGGCUCAUAGUCCGCACAAUCUUCAGCGUCUUCACAUACCCAAUUCUGCUCAUCUUCAUCAAGAAUGCAGCACCUAGCAGCUCCGUGCUCGGUCGAGUCAAUGGUAUCGUAGCAAGUACCGGAGCGGCGUUUAGGACUGUUUCUCCACCACUUGCCGGAUACCUUCAAACGAUUGGAGAGCGGAAUCAUUUUACUGUGCUUGCAUGGUGGGGUACUGGUAUGAUUGCUGUGGCUGGAAGUUUGCAGUGUUGGUCGAUUGUGAAGCAGUUUCGGUGA